GAAUUCAGUAGAUUUGUAUACCUAAUUUUAUAAAACCAUCAGUUUUAAUUAUUAAGAAACAAUGAUCUAGUACCUACCUAUAAUUCGUUCUACGUCCUAGGAUUCUACCGAUUCUACAUGUUAACGGCGGAAAGAUGACCAGCCUGUUUCGCUCCAAGUACAACUGGGAAGUUGUUGAUGGUGAUCAAAAUAAUCAAGUCACUUUUAGCCUGAAAUCGUUUGAAACUGCUUUAUCCAUUUCACAGGACGAUUUGCUAGAUCCCGAUUCAUGUUUGGUUUUAGAGUCCGGAGAGGAUCAAAGUUUCUGCGAGCAAGUAAUUAGUAUUCAUCCAGGAUAUCAGUUAACUGCAAUAGCAUUGAUUGCAGAAUGUUGCACCAUCGAAUUGUACAUCGGCAAGUCACAGGAAUACAACAAUACACACCAUGGGGAAUUAAUUUUCGAUGCGGAAUCUAAACUUUAUCGUUUCGACAUUUCAUUCGACGCAAGUAAACCAACAUUUGACGUAACUCUUCGCUACAUCAUUGCACCAGGAAAAAACCUCUGUUUAUAUGGUACACAUCUCAUACUAAUGAAGAAAUCGAAUUUCUUAGGCAACGAAGACUCAAUAAAUCAAGCAAUGCUGGCAUGCCAUUUAGACGAUACAGAAUUAUCGGAAAAAGCAGUAAAAUGCAAAGCUUUCCUGCUAGCAUCAAUGGAAAGACAAGCUCAACAAGUGUUAUCUACUGUACAUAAACAAAAUACGUUCAACAACAAUACAACCUUAUGUUCAAAAAGUGCUGUUCAAACGGAUAGAAGAAGCAUAGAUCCUGAUGAUAUGGAGCAACACCCAGCACCUGAAUCUUCAUCAUUUUUCGAUAAGAUUGUAAUCAAGCAGUACAUCGAUGCUAAAAUAGCUGAACUGGAAGGAGCAAUCGAUAUUAAACUUAAGGCAAUGGAGGUUCGGCAAAAUCAAAAAUUAGAUAAAAUAAUAUCGCUCUUAGGAUGUAUUGAAAACAAACAAUAA